AUGCGUUCCAAAACAGCUUUGGCGCGGUGCGGCCCAGCCCCGUCGGCGCUGGCUGCGACUUUGCUCCUGCUCGGUAGCCUGUGCGGCGUCGCUGCCCAAGAAUGCGAGGACAAGCUGUUCUACGAUUCGCGCGAAGAUAUCCCGCGGCGCUUCCGCUGGAGCCUUGGUGACAUUUACGAGGACGCUGAGGCGCUUGAAGGCGCCGUGUCAGGGGCAGCAGUGGCAAUCCCGGAGAUGGAGAAGCAAAGGGGGCGUCUCGGCGACAGCGCGGAGUCCCUGUCCGCGGCUCUGGGCCUCAAAUUCGACCUUGAGGCCGAGGCGCAGAAAGCGAAGUAUUAUGUGACUUACCACCAGUCGGUCAACACAUCCUUUUACCAUGGGCCAGAAUUUUCCUCUGCGGCUGGGUCGGCUUCGUCCUUCGCGGAGCGUGUGGAGGAGGCGACGGCGUUCGUUUACCCCGAGAUCGCUGCACUGCCGCGAUCAAAGCUUGAGGCCUUCGUUGAAAACCCAUCGAUGGAGCCCUAUCGACAUCUGAUGGCGAACAUUGCGAGGACCAGGGCGCACAUCCUGUCCCCCCAAAUGGAGUUCCUGCUGGCGGGAGCCGACCGCCUGCUGGAGGCACCAAACGGGAUCGCCAACAGUCUGAAGAUCCAGGACAUAGAGUGGCCCAAGGUAGCCACAGAGGAUGGCAGCGGCGUGCAGGUGAUCCCGGGCCUCCAGAGGGUGUUCACCAGCAGCCCCGACCGCGGUGUUCGACGCGAGGGCCACCAGGCGCUUAUCCGGACGUACGACCAGUUCGGCCACACUCUCUCAGCUGCGCUGGCCAGUCAUAUGGAAGGCCAGGCGUGGGUGACUAAGGCCAGGGGAUACAACACGACCUUGGAGAGGAGAUUGGACGAAGUCAACGUUCCAAUGCAGGUGGUCCGCACGAUGGUGGAGUCCGUUCGCAACAACACCGCGGCUGUGCACAGCUACGUCGCGCUACGGAAGAGGGAGCUUGGCGUUGAGCAGCUGCACACAUACGACACCGACGUGCCCCUCGGCAUCCAGGGAAGGAAAAGAUACUGCUAUGAAGAAGCCGCGGACCUGGCACUGCAGUUUUUUCGGGAAGUUUACGGCGAGGAGUAUGCUCGUGUGGCAGAGACGGCUGUUGACAACCGAUGGGUGGAUGUCUUCGCCAAUAGUGGAAAAAUGGGCGGGGCGUACGUGUCCUGGAUCUACGGGGUUCACCCAUACAUGCUGCUGAACUGGGAAGGCACAAUCAGGGACGUCAGCAUUUUGGUUCACGAGUUGGGGCAUGUUGUGCACGUUCACCUCAGCAACGCUAACCAACCCUACCACUACUCGGCGGAGUUUGUGCCAGCGUUUCUGCACGAGGUGGCAGGUGUGAUCAACGAGAACCUCUUCCAAGAAUGGGCGAUGAACAGGACUGAAGACCCAGAGGAGAAGAUACUCCUGCUUAACGAGGGGAUUCAGAGCCUGUCGAGAGUUCUGAUCAGGAGGAUCCUCAUGCAUGAAUUCGAGGAGACGCUGUACCAGACAAUUGAGGGCGGCGGGUUCCUGAGCAAGCCUGGCAUGACCACCUUGUUUCUCGACCUCCACAGGCAGUACUACGGUCCAGACUUGGUGCUCGACGACGCCUACGGCAUGUUCUUCGCCAACAUACCGCACUUCUAUGCGACAUACUACCUGUGGGUAUACUCUACGAGCUAUGCAGCUGGAGAGGCCAUGGCCUCCCGAAUCCGCAGGGGAGAUCAGGGAGCUGCGGGCGAUUACAUCAAGAUGCUGAAGCUGGGAAGCAGCGUGUAUCCAUUGGAAGCUUUGCAGACUGCCGGGGUCGACCUUCUUGACCCUUCCGUCAUUGGCUUGGCCAUGAUGCGCUAUCAGAACCUGACAAGACGAUUGGCGACUGAACUGGGCAUGGGCGAACAGCCAUAA